AUGUACACGGUGAUGUUUAUCCUCUGCGCACUGGGCGUUUUGCUGCCUGUCGCCGCUAAGAGCUUGGUUAGUCUGAUGGGUAAUCACGACGAACGAUAUACAAGUACCUCUCACAUCGAUGUUGGCUCAUCAGCUCCGGCAGACGUCGGACAGCAUUCUCGCAAGUAUGACGUUGAUGCUUUGGAGGAAAGGCCCGACUGCCAUGUCAUCAAGCUUAUGAAACGCAACCCGUUAGCUUGUCAUCGAGAAAUCGGAGGCAAAGAACAGCACGUCUCUACACAAUCAGAACUUGAAGUUUCGAAGGUGUCAAUGCAGAGCAUGGGCGGGCUGGAGAUUCAGUGGGCUAGUAAACCGCCCUCGACCGCCCCUGCGGGCGCUUUGAAGCCCACUAUGGCGAUUAAAAAUGAGAUAUUGUUACUACGACCUGAUUACCUCCCAUUUGCUCCCAUUCCUCUCUCCCAACCUCACGGCGUGUCUGUGGAGCAUUUACGUUGUGAAUGUCUCGCUCUCGUCAUCUUAUCUGGCCAAAUGGAAACACAAAAGCAAGCCAAGGCAACAGAAAAGGUUCUAUCUUGUCAGAAACGGCGGGAAAACGAAAGGGUAGAUCAACAAGAUGUUGGGAAGGAGCUGAGGGACAGUAAAGCCAAAGAAGAAGCGGAAUUGCUGGCACUUGAUCGGCGCACGCUCGCAAAGGCCAUGGCGGCACCAAAACAUCUUAGGAUGAGUGAGAUUGCAAGCACUGUGCAUUAUAGCAAGGUCAGAGUUCUUCGUGGAAUUCCCAUCAUGCCGCGUCAUUUUCAACCUCCCAGUGGCCUUGACACCAUUUACAGCGACGAGGGCGAAGAGUUUGCCGGGUUUGAUGACAUCACGGGAACCACCUCAAAUGAUGACGACGUUGAUGGAGCAACUGCUGCCAUUGAGAUUCCAGCAGUUGGGGAACAUCCGACCUAUGAGGACUACGAGGAUGCUUUGAAGGCUGCACAGCUUCAAUUGGGGAGCCUUACAAAGCUUGUCAAAGAGCAGGCUGCGACCAUCGCCGCGCUCAAGGCCCAGCAACCUAAACGCAGCAGGAAGCAACCCAGUGGACAAAGCGACCUUCCCAAAAGCAUCGAGGACCACCGUGAAAUGAUCAGCCAUCUUGGACGUCGAUUCGCGCUCAUGAAUAACCCCUUCUUCCCAAUGAAGUUGGAAGGCCACCUCGUGGCAUCGACACGGCCAAAUGUAGCAUCAAGCGAUUCCGAACGCUACCGAUCUGAUGUUGCAAUGCAUGCAUGUCUUUUAGCAGAGGUGUAUGAGGUUGUUCCCCCCCACCUCCAUGCUGCUAUGCAGGAGUAUCGCCAGUUUGAACACAUUUUCACGAAAGCAGGCAAGAGCUUUUUACGCACCGUGAUGUCCGAUCUACGGUCAAAAAUUCUCCCUGUUAUCUUUGGCUCAAUCCCACAAAUCGCAUCCCGCCUCAAAGCCAACUUUGAUCGCUCGGAAAUCCAAGAAUUCAACGCACUGUUGAAGCCAGAGUCAGACCUUGCACGCAAGAAGUAUACAAAGUACGCGCCGAUUCUAUUCCCCAACCGUCAAACCGAUAUGACUAUGUUGUUCAUGUCGCAAGAGCUAGCAUUGGUGCUGAAGGGCCUCCUGCAAGGUGCAGCUUCCAUCUCCUGGAAUAAAACUUACGCCAAACCAAAGACAUACGCCAAACUGGGGAAAGUGUUAACCAUCACUGAAGGUGGCAUUGCGACGAUCGUGAUUUUGGUUCGGGCGGCAUUUUCCCCCGACACAGAGUUCGAUGCAGCAGGGAAAGGUGCUCGUUCGGGCAUCGACUAUCAAAAGGACUUCAAUUUGUACCGCGAGUUUAUUCAGGCAAAGGCAGGCACACCGUACCACAAGGCAUUACUCAAAUUCUACAACGACAUCAUCUUUAAGGUGCAAAUGGACAAUAACACAGUGACUCCAAACAAUGACGACAACAGCAGUGGCCUCAAGGAAGCAUUCACCAGGCUCGCCCUCACUCCGAGCACCAGCGCCCCAGGCCAAGCCAGCCACUCUGGUGCUCACGCAGAGCGCUGCGCCACCUCGACAGUCAACAGGACAGGUUCCUCACAUGAGCCUCCAAAUCAACCCAUGACGUCUGGACCCUCACAACCUGUCGUUCAAGAGGUCGCACGACCCGCUAAUGCUAGGAAGGGGAAGAAGAAGGCACAGGCACCUCAGGCUGCCACGGAAUUGGCAACGGUGGCAGCUGUAACGGAGAUGGCGGCAGCAGUGCCUGCAGCAACUCGCAGGAGCCGUCUUCGUACCUACUUUUUCUGGUGUGAUUCUAUGCAUCAAGAUCUACAGUACAAGUCUAAGAAAAAGUGA